CACAUUCGAGGGUUGCGCAGUCUUGUCAACAUGACUCCCAUCUUCGUUAUGAAAAACUUGGAGAGUUGGCCAUUGUGAACAUUGGUCCGCAAAUGAUCAAAUUCCAGAAGGCGUCCGCGUUGGUGUAUCAGGGACGAAGUAUGUCUUCAGUGAGAGAAUUAGAGAUCAUCGCGGCUCGCAUUGUGAUUACACCCGGUAGGUGGCACAGUCUUUCCAAGUAUUUGAACGAUUGACCACCCGAAUCAAAGCCACAGCAGGCACUCUUAGGGUUCCUACCCCUCAACAUGAGUUUUUCAGCGACCUACAAUCCAGACGCAGAUAUUCCAGAUCUCAGCGGCAAGGUGAUUCUAGUCACCGGAGCCACCACUGGCCUAGGAAAGCAAACGAUUAUUACACUCGCAAAACAUGCACCAAGCCGCAUUUUCUUCACCGGCCGAAAUGUUGACGGUGCCAAAGCCACCAUGGAAGAAGCAAAGGCAAUCAGCCCUAAGACGGCAUGCACAUACGUGACUGCAGAUCACACAUCUCUAGAGUCUCGGAUAUCCGCAGCCAUAGAUCGCCUCGACAUUGUGAUCUGCAAUGCAGGAAUCAUGGGAGACCCAGCUGGUCUUUCCAAAAAUGGAUAUGAAGUGCAGUUCUCCAUCAACUACCUUUCCCACGCCUUGCUCAUCACGCAUCUGCAACAAAAACUCCAGGAUUCGGCAGAAAACAACGGCGAUGCUUGCAUCGUUCUCCUCUCCUCGAACGGCUUCAGAUUCACACCGAGAGGGGGCGUUGUCUUCCAGGACCUCACCACCACACAGGAGAAUCUGGGAAUGGGUUCCAAGUGGCUCCGCUAUGGGCAGAGCAAGCUCGCUCUCGUACUGUACGCCAAAUUGCUGGCUAGGAAAUACCCCAAGAUCAGGACGGUUGCGAUACACCCCGGUGUCGUGUACACAGGACUGGGGAAUAACCUGCCACUGGGCGACAGGCUCUGAAUCAAAACGAUGUGUUUGGGCCAGCAGAUACCGUUGCAUGAGGGAGUGUAUAAUGCAUGCUGGGCUGCUACAAGUGAGGAUGCGAAGUCGGGGGAUAUGUAUGAGCCGGUGGGGAGACUUGCGGGAGAUACGAAGGACUCGGGUGAUGAGGAGUUGGCACAGCGGCUGUGGGACUGGACGACGAAUGCACUG